AUGUCCAAAUGGCAAUCUGAGCGAAGCAUUCAUGAAAUGCUGAAAGAUACACCACCAUUGCGUGAGUCUAGUGAUUCUAUCACGUCUGGAACGGAAGCUAAAUUCCCUACUUCACGAUCUAUGCCAUUCCCUCCAGCAUAUGCACCUCCGGAUGUGUCCCAGAAUGGUGCAGCGGGAACAAGCACACUCUUACGUUCAGGCUCUACUAAACUAGAGUCAUUAAAAAACUGGGGAGUUUCAACAUAUAAAUGUACGAAACAACUUCUAUAUGAAAAACUUGGCAAGAGCUCUAGAACAGUUGAUACAGAGCUGGAGGUGAAGAUUGAAGCUCUGCGGGAAACACAGCGAAGGUACAACGGGGUGCUGCGGUUGACCACAGCUCUGGCUGCACAGAUGACUGCAGCUUCCCACACACAGCGUGCUCUUGCUGACGCCUUCGCAGAUCUUGCUCAGAAGUCACCUGAGCUGCAGAACCAGUUCUUAUACAAUGCGGACACGCAGCGCUCGUUGACACGAAACGGAGAUAUUCUGCUUGCAGCAUUGCACUUCUUCAACAACUCUCUUAACACACUCACAAACAAGACUAUUGAGGACACUCUUCUUACCAUACGCCAGUACGAAGCUGCAAGGGUGGAGUACGACGCGUACCGCAGCGAGCUGGAGGCAAGCGGCGGCAACCCGCCCGAGCUGCUGCUGGCCAGCAUCGAGCGCCACCGCCGCCAUUACGAGCGCCUGCGUGACGACUCUGCCGUCAAGCUGCAGCUGCUACACGAGAACAGGGUGCGUGCUCCACCAUACACCCCCACCCUCUACCCUCCAGUAACCCGCCCGAGCUGCUGCGUGACGACUCUGCCGUCCAAGCUGCAGCUGCUACACGAGAACAGGGUGCGUGCUCCACCAUACACCCCCACCCUCUACCCUCCAGCAACCCGCCCGAGCUGCUGCGGCAACCCGCCCGAGCUGCUGCUGGCCAGCAUCGAGCGCCACCGCCGCCAUUACGAGCGCCUGCGUGACGACUCUGCCGUCAAGCUGCAGCUGCUACACGAGAACAGGGUGAAGGUGAUGAACAAGCAGCUACUGCUUUUCCACAACGCGGUAUCCGCGUACUUCAGCGGCAACAACGUGGCGUUAGAAGCUGCCGUGCGCCACUUUAGUGUGCCCGCCCCGCCUCACGCUACGUCACACGCUACGCCACACGCUACGUCACUUAAUACGCCGCAUGCUACUUCACUUGCUACGCCGCAUGCUACGUCACUAGCUACGCCACAUGCUACGUCACACGCUACGCCGCACGCUACGCCGCACGCUACGUCACACGCUACGCCGCACGCCCCACCUCUCGCCACGCCACCCUCAUAG